ACGAAUGCUCCUGCAUAGCGCCUGGGGGCGGUGGGGAAACUUGACUCUGUGUUUGCUUUAGUGGCCAGCCCCCCGCAGAGGUGGGUAGGGCUAGAACCGCGGCGCUGCUGGGAUCUAGUCUCCGCUAAAUUCCCUAAUCAAUUAAUUGUGCAGUAGAGAAAAUGGUUCAUCCUAGCGCAUGGGUUCGUGCCUGUCCCGGGUUUUCAUCGGGGGGGGGAAUUUAGGGCGAGGGUCCCCCCCCGGCGUGCGGGAGAGGCAGCCCCAGCCCGGCGCUGGCCCAGCCCCUCGGGCAGGGGGCGGAGGGGCAGGCGGGGGCUGGGUUUCGGUCUCCACGUGACUGCGCGAAGUUUCGCUGCGAGUUUGACAGAAGUUUUGAAUCGCGGGUUUGUGCAGCCGCCAGGGCGAAGCGCGGGAGGCGGCGGCGGCAGCAGCAGCAGCGCCCCCCCGGCCAGCCCCCUCCGCGCCUGGGCUGCCCCCAGCCCGGCUCCCCGCAGCCGCAGCCGCCGCCCGGACAUGUCCGAGCCCACCGCCGCGGCCGGCCGCAAGGAGCCCGGGCAGCAGGGCCGGCGGCUCUUCGGGCUGCGCUGGGGCCGCCUGGAGGAGCCCCUGGGCUUCGUUAAGGUGCUGCAGUGGCUCUUUGCCAUUUUUGCCUUCGGCUCCUGUGGCUCUUUCAGUGGGGAGACAGGGGCUACCGUAAAAUGCAAUGAUGACCUGAAAGAGAUGACCGCCAUCUCUGUCCAGUUCGGAUACCCUUUCAGGUUAUCCAGGAUUCCCUUUGAGAUGCCUGUCUGCGAGGGCAAUGCCACUAAAAGGACUUUGCAUCUCAUGGGGGACUUCUCGGCCCCCUCCGAGUUCUUCGUGACCCUGGGAGUCUUCUCCUUCCUCUACAGCAUGGCAGCCCUGGUGAUCUACCUGCGAUUUCACUCCCUUUACACAGAGAACAAGAGGCUUCCCUUUGCGGAUUUCUGUGUGAGCGUCUCCUUCACCUUCUUCUGGCUGGUGGCGGCUGCAGCCUGGGGCAAAGGCCUGUCAGACGUGAAGGGGGCCACGCGGCCAUCCAGUCUCAUCGCCGCCAUGUCCGUGUGCCAUCUCAAACAGGCCGUGUGCAAUGCUGGGGCCACGCCAGCCAUGGGGCUGGCCAACAUCUCCGUGCUCUUUGGCUUCAUCAAUUUUAUCCUGUGGGCUGGAAACUGCUGGUUUGUGUUUAAAGAGACCUCGUGGCACGCGCAGGCCACUAACAAGGAGAACUCUGCUGAACAGGGAGCCAUCGACAAGCAAUAAAGAUCCUCUCUGCCCCCCCCCCAAGACCUCCUCCCACCCUGGACAGCCGGUACCUGGUCACAUACAUACCUUCAUCCCCAUGCUGUGGGACCGUGUCCAUCGUCAUGUUGGCAACCCUCCUGAGCAUUCUGGGAUGCCCAUCUUUGAGUGACUGGCAGGCGGGAGUCCUGGCUCGGUCCCAGGUAUACGUAACUUGUUGCAGACUCCAAGGGGCUAUUAUACAACUCGUGGUUCUGGUAGCAGGGUUUAUUAUUUUUGUUAAUAUGUGUAAUUUAUUUGUUUCUGUGUUCCUGGCCCCCCAGCCUACGGCUGUGUGGAAUUGCUCUUCACAGCUACUGUGAUGAGCCUAAACCAAUCAGGAGUUUAGAUGCCAGAGGAUGGGGUGUGGAGUCACUUGCGGGUGAGAGUGGAUGCACGGGAGAGACCUAAGACUGGGGCACUACAGGACCACAGAACACUCACUACUGCCCAAGCAUGGAAACGCAGAGGCUGUCUCAUACCUACCCCCUACUUGACUAGGAACAAGGGAGACAGACGAGGCAGAAAGGGAAGGUGGAGAAUAUGCUGUUUCUUGCUCCUGGGAGGAGAAGGCUGGUAUAUUUCUCCUCUUCCCUUCUGCCUGCAGCAUUGUGUGUCUCCUGGAGGAAGCUGAUGGUGGGUUUUCAGCUGCUCUUGAACUCCAAUUUGGCUCAGAGGGAGACCAUGCGUUAGGCCAGAUAAUCUAGUGUAGCAGCAGUUUGAUAGAGGGGGUGUGAUCCUGCCCUUGCUGGACAGUGCUCUAGGAGGGCUUUCCCAGAUCUCACACACGGGCAGCCCGGGGGAUAGGGAGUUCCUUACUCAGAUCUCCAGCUCGUUCCACUUCCCAAGGCAGCCCUUUUAGCAGCUCUUGGUGUUUGUCCCCUCCCUGUCCUACAGCUGAGGAGCAGCCCCAGAUUCCUCUGAAACCUUCUUAUAAAACUUCCGAGUGUGUGUGAGUAUCUGCUCCAAUGGCUUCCUGAGGGGCAGCAGCAGAUGACUGACCCUCUCCGGUGCCCUGAGCCAGAGAGCUUUGCUUGGCUUCUAGGAGACUUUUCUUGUAGCCGGAGGAUCCACUGGCCUAGUUCAUGACCCUAGACCCCAGGCGGAAGGACCCAGAGCUGAGAUGUGCUGACAUGGGCACAAGCAGAAGGGAAGCUUUGUCCAAACAGAGUGUUUAGUCAUGGUCAGUGUCCUUCUUUGCAGUAGUAAUACCGUCCCCUUACCCCACUGGCACUACACUAGCUGCUCCUACUAGUCCUGUCCCUGGAGCCCAGCAACACUGAUUGGUCAUGGAACCCCCAAACAGUACUGUCAUCCCCCCGGCCACUGGGGCACUAGGCAGCUGGCCCCAAGCCUGUUGGCAUUGUAACAGCUGCCCCCGCAAGGUGCUCUGUGCUCCUGGAGCCGCUGGACAGAAUGGUAGCUUAGCAUCCCAGGUCCCUAAGACAGCCCUGCUUUGUUCUCAGAGAAGGGACUUGUUCAGCAGCUGCUUUAGUGCCCUGAACUCUGUAAACCCCUCUGAGCUUCAGGGCAUUGCUCUGCUGUGAAGGGGUUGUUGCCUUCCCUAGAAACAGGCGAGAGUUUUGGUUCAAGGGUCCGGGGAAUCUAGGCUCCACGCUGACUCUUCUGGUCUUACUCUCUCCCUUUCCUCCCCCUGCCCGCACGAUGGGGGUGCCUCCUUUCUGCUGAAGGAGAGAUUGAUAUUAAUGGUGCUUUGUUAGCUGGGGCCCGUCUGUUCAGCAAAGACCCAAUUGCUGCAUAUUUGUACAUUUCCCCUCCACGGCAGCCAGCCACUGGCCAGUUGUAGGGAGCCCUGUGGUGUCUCUGCCCCAGAACCACAGGGGACUGAGUCCCACAGGGCUGUGAUGCCCCGUUCCCUGCAACACAGCCCCAGUGCCACAUGCUGUGGUCCUCUUACGGUGGCCCUGGGAUGCCCUGCAGGACAAAAGAAUCAACCAAUCUGUUCCUGGAGGGCUUCCCCCUCCCCACCCAGGCUUCCAGUCCAGCCGGCUCUGGGCCAACUUCUCUUAUCCUUGCGUUCCUAGAGGUAUAAACCCUCAUGUUUCUUGGCAUAAGCCACCACUAGCUGCCAAGGGUCAGGAAGAAGCUUCCCCUGUGGCCAGGCUAUUCCAUAAUUGUCCAGUAUGGGUUUUCUUGCACCUUCCUCUUAAGCAACGGAUGCUGAAGACCAGAUCCCAGACUAGGCGGACCACUGGUCUGAUAUGGAACGGCAAUUCCUAUGCUCCCAUGGUGGCUCUGAGGGUAUCAGGACAACCAACCCACCGAAGUGCCACCGCCGCAUUUGGUUCCUUCUUCUUUGCCUGUGUCCCUGUUUGCUAAUUUGGGGGGCUAGUCGAAGCCGAUCCUCAGCUGCCAGGCUCCGUUACAGUCGGGAAGUGAUGCUGUUUUAUGCUAGCUGAGGGUCUGGCCUCUUUGGGGAUAAGCCACCGCAGGGAUCUGUGCUCCUCAGAUCUUCCAAGAGUCUAGCGGCCAACUGAGCUGGCACCCAUCCCUGCCGCAGCGGGAGGGUGGAAUGGCCGGGUCUUUAUUUUGCUUAUCAGUGAUUAGUAAUAAUGGCUCCAGAACCUGCGGGGAAAGAGAGAGCACUUCUUUGCAUUUUGUAACCUCAGCCCUCAUGGGGAAGCGGGGGCUGGGAACCAUUUCUACUGUGAGGCAUGUUGUGUUCUGUCUGUAUUUAUUUAUUUGAAAGGGGAGAGAGAAAAUAAUACCUUUUUUCUUUUGCUUUGGUGCUAAGGUUGGCACCUGCCCCUUUGCCCAGUACUGGGAGCAGCUCCUAUGCCAGGGACUUCUCCUCAUUGGGCCCUGCCCCGUGACAGAGAUCCUAGAGGAGGUGGCUCCUGGGGCUAGGUGGAGGGGGAAGGACCAACCUUAGCUGGUGCUGACUUUGUGUUUUCCUGGAGAAUCUCUUGGCUGUGGGUGGAGGCAGGCCUGGUGCCAGCAAAGGGCCCUGAGUGUGUGUGACUCUGCAGGGAGCGGGGGGGAAGCAAUUGCUCUUUAGCCCUUUUGGCCACUGUUAAAGCAACCGAUUGCAGCAGGAGUUGAGAAGGGGACAGUGGCCCAAUCCCGUGCUCUGCUGUGUGCGCUUGGCGCUGCCUGGCUGCUUCGGCCUCCCCAGCCCUGGAUUACAUUGCAUGGUUUUCUGGUGCUUGUUGUUAUGACUGAAUAAAAAGUGCUGCGAGGGUUUGUUACCACAA